AUGGUGGCAACCACGGAGCACCACGCCGAACUCAAUGCCAACGAGAACGAUAAGGACCCCGAGCAGGAAAAGGAGGAGCACAACGACAUGGAUGGGCAUAACACUGAGGCCUUGGAGGAGCACGCGAAGAACAUCAAGCAGCGCAGGAGGCAGACCAUCUACGAGAACAAGAUUCACGUGGCCUUCUACGAGUUCCAGCAGUCCAUGUGGGAUGCUGCGUUGCUGCUGUGCUUUCACCACACCAGCGUCAUCGACAAGAUCCUGCUCUUCAUUGGAGUGUCCUCGAACUUGAUUCUGCAGAUGUCCUUGCUCCUGGUGAUCUCACAGAACAUGCUUGAAAACCCCUACCCCGACAGCAAGGUGCAAGAGAUGGUGCGCUGGCGCGUGUUGACAGGGCACACGAUCUUCGAUGAGGAUCAGGGGAAGAGCCAAAUCUCGCGGCUGUGCAACCGUGAGCUAUGGUCCUACGAGCAGGAUCAGUAUGAUGAGAUGUACGAGUACCUCUACAAGCCGAUGCCGGGGAUCAUCCUCUCCACGCUGGCGAUCAUCCUCUGGGUGCUGACGAUCAUGGUGGAGUACCGCCACUGUUUGGAGCAGGCCCAGGCGGUGAUCAACCUCCCCCGCCUGGACGACAAGGACGAGUUCUCGGAGGUGAGCGACCACGGAAGGAUCGAGAUCAAGGGCAUCCAGCCAUGUUUGCGCUGGGUGGCUCUUUGUCUGCUCUGCCUUCCCCGGCUCUUCGUGAUGGGCUUCCUGGCGGUCAUCGGGUGCCAGUACCUGGCACAAACGCCCUCCUUGAGCGACAUUGUGCUGAACGCUGUGGCCCUGGCCUUCGUGCUCGACGUAGACGAGCUGCUGGCCAAUGUCCUCCUCACUGAGAAGCUGCGAGGAAUCGAGCCCCUCACGUGUGGCACCACGACCCGCAGGGACACGCCCAUGCGCGACUUGAUGCGCUACUUGAUCACCGCCGGCGUCAUCGGCUUCUCCUGCUACUAUUGGCUCCUGCCCUUCAGCCGCAACGUGGAGGCAGCAGCCAUGGCGCUCUGCGGAGGCUAUCAGGAGUUCAGCUACGAGGGCGGAACGCAGGUCUCGAACAGCGUGGUCUUGAAGCCCGCCAGCUACGGAACCGACCUCUUCGUGGCAGACUGCGAUGCAGCAUCAGAGGCCACGUACCUGUCCAAGUACUACAUUGCCGGCAUCAAUCGCAGCCAAACGCAAAGCAUCCAGAAAAUGAGCAUCGACCAGUUGGACAAGAUGAAGAAGAAGGAGGUCAUGGACUUUGCGCUGAACACCUUCUUCUCCGGCUGCGGCAGUGGCCGCAUGCUGGGCCCACAGCCGGAGAACGGGGACCGGACCUGCAUGAACGUACCGGAGAGCCUCACCCGGAACCUGCCUGCGGAGGUGAAGCCGGGGGAGUCCUCGUUGCCUCCGAACUGCCCACGGUUCAACAGCUCCCUGGGGUGCCAGGCCGUUACACUUCCCAACACCUGCGUUUGGUCCUGGCUCUCGGCCAAGUGCGACGGCAUCUCUCCGCCGGGGCAAAUGCAGACCUCCGCAUGCGAGUCGGAGUACCCGGUGAUGUGCCAAACCUGGGACCAGUUUGGGAAGCAGCACCCCACCAUGAAUUGCGCGGCCUGGUCAAGGUGCCCGGAGGGGCAAUACGAGUGCAUGCGCGUGGAGACCUCCCUGGACUUCACGAUGAACGACAUCUCCUUGGCGGAUCCGAACAUCUUCCCAACUGUGGUUGCCAGAGCCAUCAUCAACAUCACCGGCGGCGUUCUGGACGAGCUAAACAUCUACGCCAACUUCAACGAGCUUUGGAAUGCCCAGAGUGUCCGCAGGCUGUCGACUCCGACCACCCACCUGUCUGGCACGGUGUCCAUUACUUUGCUGCCCGCCAACUUCUUCCCCAACAUACUGCCCGACAACAACGCGUCCCUGGUGAGUGCCACUAUGUUCGAGUAUCUCAAGGAGCAGAACACCUCUACGCUGGAAGUGACUGCAGCCACCUUCCCCGACUUUAAGUUCAUGACUGACGAGGAGUACAUGCAAUCCACGAACCCCGGGUCACGGCCUCAGCUUUCUUUUGCCAUCCGAGACGCGCUGAGUGACUAA